GAAUGCGUCGGGACCAAUGAGAGGCUCGGAACUGAGGGGAUUUAACUAGAGGGGUGGGGGCGGGUGAACCAACCCGGGGAAACUCGUGCCUUGGGGUCGGCGCGGGAUCAGGCUUUGGGCGGCCGGGCAGGUUUUUAAAGGUUUGUGAAUCUGUAAUACAACACCACAAGGUUCUCAGUGAAGAGGGAAGUAUGAUCACCUUCAUGAACAACUCUGACAGCGAAGAGGAAUCCUGCAAUGAAAGAACAUCCCUGAUGUCAGCGGAGAGCCCCCUCCUGCCUCCUUACCAUGAUGUCUCGCAAGCCCCUGCAGCAACUGAAACUCAGACACAUAGGAAAAGACGUACAGGAAGCAGUGGUUCUAACAAAACUGCUGAUGGAAAUGUGCCUGAAUCAGAUGGUGCAACAAGAGGAUCUGUUGCUCUGGACAAUGUGGAGGAAGAACUGACCCUAAAAUAUGGAGCGAAACAUGUGAUCAUGCUCUUUGUGCCUGUUACGCUAUGUAUGGUUGUGGUAGUUGCCACCAUAAAAUCAGUACGGUUCUAUACAGAGAAGAACGGGCAACUGAUUUAUACCCCAUUUAGUGAAGACACACCUUAUGUUGGCCAGCGUCUCUUGAGCUCUGUGCUGAACACCCUCAUCAUGAUCAGUGUCAUACUAGUAAUGACAAUUUUCUUGGUUGUGUUAUAUAAAUACCGCUGCUACAAGUUCAUUCAUGGUUGGCUGAUUCUCUCAUCUCUGAUGCUUCUGUUCCUCUUCACCUACAUCUAUCUAGGUGAAGUGCUAAAGACCUACAAUGUGGCAAUGGAUUACCCAACCCUGUUCUUUGUUAUUUGGAAUUUUGGAGCUGUUGGGAUGAUAUGCAUCCAUUGGAAGGGACCCCUGCAACUCCAGCAAGCUUAUCUCAUCAUGAUCAGUGCCUUGAUGGCUUUGGUUUUCAUCAAAUACCUGCCUGAGUGGUCAGCCUGGGUCAUUCUGGGAGGCAUUUCCAUUUAUGAUCUGGUAGCAGUUUUAUGCCCCAAGGGACCACUCCGAAUGUUGGUAGAGACAGCACAAGAGAGAAACGAACCCAUAUUCCCUGCACUUAUUUAUUCCUCUGCUAUGAUAUGGACUGUAGGAAUGGCAAAACCAGACAGUGGGCGAAGAGGAUCUUCUGAAGAAACAUGGGAUCUAGCUGAAGGGGCUGAAAAUCAUCAGAAUUCCUCAUACACUGAUCCUGAAAUUUCUGAGAGGAGGCACUUAACAGAUGGUCAGGCUGGCCAACGAGUUGAACAAAUUGAUCGACAACUUGGCCAAAUGGGACACAACCUAGAAGAAAUGGAGGAGGAAGAAAGAGGUGUGAAGUUGGGACUUGGAGACUUCAUCUUCUACAGCGUGCUUGUGGGCAAAGCAGCUGCAACUGCUAGUGGAGACUGGAAUACAACUUUGGCUUGUUUUGUAGCCAUCCUCAUAAUGUGGGCGAAACGUCAGGAGAGAAUACUUCUGGAACAUGGCCACACAGCCCGAAAGACAUACAACAACCCAGUGACCCCGGCCAUGAAAGCCUUCGACAACACACAGCCCUGACUGUUGAAAAGCCCCAGAAGCCUUUUCAAAGAUAACAAAGUAAGGAUGAGUCAAAAGCAGAGUUUUCCAUAACUGAUAUGAGAAAGUCUUGUUGCUAUGCGUUGUUUCAACUAAAGCAGGGACAUCUGGAGAUGAGCCACUGAAAGACCUUGAUUUAUUUGUCAGCUGUUGUGAAGGAGCAAACUUCUCAUAGAUUUAAUGGAGGUAAGCAUUGUAUUGCACAUAAAAAGGAAGACAUGUGGCAUUCCUAACACUUCUUGUAUUGAUUAGAUUCCAUCCCCACUGAACACCUCAACUAGAAAGGAGAAAUUCUUGUUAAUAAAGAGUUUAUAGAAGUUAGUUUUUCUGAACUAUGGCUCCCACAAAUGUCUAGCUACUAUGGCUACUUAUAUGACCUCUUGAAUAUCAGCUAGAAAAGAAGGACGUUGAUUGGUGAUGGGAUUGGAAAAGUUACUUUUCAGACAAUUUGCUAAAACAUCAGGAACCUGUAGUCCAAAAGCUACCUUCUCCAAGUUCUACAAGAAACAAUGUCAGAAUAAGAAUUAAAUCACUGCUGCUUAGUGCUAUAUUGAUUUAAGUAUUAUUUUGAUAUUGAUUUCAACUGCAGCUCACCUCAGACGUGCAAGAUUUUCUUCCUUGUUUCUGGGAAUGGUUUUUCUAACAUAUCCAUUUUACCAAGUCACUUAAACAUCAUCGGCAAGUAAGUGAGCUAAAAUGAUUAACUACUUCCAAGCCGUGACUUGAAAUGCUCCAAUGGAAAAGUCUCAUACACAGCUCAUUCUGUUUAUAUGUGCUGGGAAGUCGGGUGGGUGUCAACAAGAGACCCAAAAUAGUCAGAAGUGCCUCAUUUAACAUUACAUAUACUGGGAAAAUUGAGUUUCUGUUGCUAUAUGUUGAUUUCCUCUCAUUGCAUUCUGUAAUUAAUGUUAUAAUUCACCCUAUUCUGAAAGCAGCAGUCAACAAAGCAUUGUUAUGUAAAUACUGUAUGGGCAGACUCACCCUGAAGCAAAGGACAGGAUGGUGCCAUCACUGUACACAAAGGCUCAUUAAAUCGCCUGACCCCUAGUGAGGUGAAUACAAUGCAGUUGUACAAAAGGACCUAGAGAUUCUUAGAGAAGUAUACCUUUCAGGAAUUUGCUAGAGCUUCCAAAACAACUCUAUAGUAACUUCUGAGGGAGGCAUACCAUAGAAUACUUAGAGAGGGCUUAGAAAAUUCCUAGAUAGAUAAUUUUUCCCAACUGUAAGUGAACUCAUGAUUCUGUGCUUAUGGGGUGGGUGGGUGGUUUGUCUUAUUGUAAAUUUUAUUUACAACUGUGGUUGACAAUGUAUCAUACUUAAUGAUACAUUUGUACUUAAUAACAGUAAUCAUCUGAGAGCAUAAUACAUUGUCAACCAGAGUUGACAAUCCAUCCAUCCAUCCAUCCAUCCAUCCAUCCAUCCAUCCAUCUUGCCCUUGGUCAGCCUCUCUUCCUUUUUCCUUCAAUUUUCCCAGCGUCAUUAUCUUCUCCAAGCUUUCCUGUCUUCUCAUGAUGUGGCUAAAGUACUUCAUCUUUGCCUCUAAUACCCUUCCCUCCAGUGAGCAGUUGGGCAUUAUUUCCUGGAGUAUGGACUAGUUUGAUCUUCUUGUGGUCCAAGACACUCUCAGAAUUUUCCUCUAUAGUCAUAUGAUAAAUACUGCAUAACACACGCUGUCAUGCCACCAGUAUAAAUUUAUCAUGGCUCCAUCACAGACCACAGAAUUGUAUACUAAGACAGAGCGUCCAAAGUAGAUGGAAAUAUUUGAAAAUGAAACCUGACUGGAAUCAAGAAGCUCAUAUUUAGAAUGGGUAUUAUCCUAAACAAGAUAGAUAACAUACCUACCAACAUUUCAUAGAUGAAAACUUGGACAUUUAUUUAUUUAUUUAUUAUAUUUAUAUACUGCCUUACUCACCCCUACUGGGGACUCAAGGCAGUUUACAACAUAUUUCUAGCAGAAGUUCUGUGCCAACAUUCAUACAAUAGAAAAAUCAUGAUAAUUACACACUAACAUAUAGCUAUACAUUAAAAUCAUUUAAAUAAUUAAACAUAUGCAUACACAACAUUUAAACCCUAAGACAAAGCAUUAAAUCAGAGUUUAGUGAAAAUGACAAAAAGUUAUUAAGGAGAAAGAGCAUAUACCCAUAAGUUAGGAGAAGGUGUGACAGAUUUCUUUUGCCUGAAACGACUGGGAAGGGCAAGAUUCUACUCCUAGGGAUAUCUGGAAACUUUGGAUAAUUGUGGUCUACAAUGCCUUUUUGGCUUAAAAUACCCAUCAUUCCUACCUAAGAUAGCCAAUGGCAAGGUAACAUGGGAGCUUGAGCAAGUUACACUCUCUCAUCUUCAGAGGAAGGCACAAGCAACGCCCCCUACCAAAAACAAAUAUUUUUUUAGAAAAUCCUAUGAUAGAUUUGCCUUAGUAUUAUGAUACAUGGGAAAUGACUUGAAGGGGUGCAAUAACAACAAAAAAGUACAAAAACAUGUUGAGGUUGACAGUUGAUACUGGAGAAAGUCUGUAACAACAUAGGACAAUCCUGGACACCUGACAACCUUCACCUCUAUAUGGGCAGAUAUAGUGUUAAUUGAUUUCUAAGUGACCUGGAUGUGCUGUUGUACACGUCCCUAAAUCAUUUGGAUAAAUGAAGUUUACAGUAUUAAAAUUUGCUAAACUUUUUCCCAGAAUCUAUUCAGAUUGGCUGAGUCAUACACAUUACGUGCCAGACAGUGUGCUGGCAGGGAAAGAAACUCUCUCACCCUUGCUUAUUCAUUCUAUAUUACGUUUUUUAUAUAAUUUAUAUUUAAUUUUGCACUUCCCACACAGAUUUUCUCCUCAACCCUUCCAACCUUUCACUCAGUAUUUCACACCAUCUUUACUGAAGAUGAACAAAAGAAAUUACAGUAGUGUGAUGUCUCAUGGGCCUUGUAGUCCCGUUCCUAGUGCUAUUGUGGCAGAUGAGGAGGAAAACUUGGGAUUUCCACCGGUUCAGCUUGAAUCGGAGCCUCGCCACCUGGAGGAUGUUUGUCCUCAGGAAGUUAACCAAACAAGCCUUGGGCAGAAUUCUCCCCCGUUUUCCCGAAAGGACAAUUAUAAUAGAGAUAGAGGAGUCAGGGAGGCAAAUCGCCGGAGUCUCAGAAUCGCUGCCAGACAAUUAGCUGAUUAGGUCUGCUUCCCUUGGGAAAUUCUAAGGAGUCAUGCAUCUGGACAGAGUUGGGUUUCACUUCUUGUUCUCCAGGGAAAGUGUUCUGUUGGCGGGAAAACAAGACCCUAUAUAGGGGUUUUGCCGCAAGGGGAACCUUGCGGAGUCAAUUGUUCAGCUUGAGGAGAGAGAUCGUGUGUGGACUUCGUACCCCAGUUCCUUGUUUCCCGGAUCGAGUUUCCAACCUAGCCUUGUUUCACGGAUCAAGUUUCCAGCCUUGCCUUGUUUCACGGACUUCUAUGGACUCAGUUCAUGUUUCAUGUUUGCCUCGUUUCAAGUUUGAUCUAGCCAAGAUUCAAGCCUAUUUUCCAGCCUUGUUGUCAAGCUACCUUGGACUUUAAAGACCCUGUCAUUCCCCACACCAUUGCUUGGCAAGGUGUGUGUUUCGGUCAAGUGGAUUAUAACUUUGGACUUUAAUAUCUUAUAUUGGACAAUAUAUUUCUGGACUAUAUUUGACCUCAUCUGAAAGGUCUGCUUCUGAACUAUAUUCUUCACUUGUUUUUAUUGACUUUAUAUAUUUCUUUAAUAAAGAUAUUAGAUAGA